AUGUUACUCAAUAGCGAAUAUGCUAGCCACAAGCUAUUGAUUGCAAACCGAGGAGAGAUUGCUGUUCGAAUCAUUCGAACUGCUCAGCGGCUGGGUUUAGCAACAGUAGCCAUUUACACCUCGUCAGACGCCCUCUCCCCUCACGUUACCAUCGCAGACGAGGCUGCUCAUUUGCAGGACCGCGCCAGCGACCAACAGCAACUAGCAUCAGAGUCGAAGCUGUAUUUAUCAAGUGCUAUCAUCAUCUCGAUAUGCAAGCAGUAUGGGGUUACCAUGGUUCAUCCAGGUUAUGGAUUCCUCUCGGAGAAUGAGGAAUUUGCGCUUUCUGUAGAGGCAGCUGGGAUGAUCUGGCUCGGUCCGAAACCAGACGUUAUUCGGAUCAUGGGUCUAAAGCACGAAGCCCGACGUCUUGCUGCAAAUGCUGGUUUGCAGCUCGUUCCAGGAUCCCAAGGACUUGUAAACACUCUCGAUGAGGCCCUAGGCAUAACAAAUACGAUUGGUUUUCCUGUGAUUCUGAAAGCGACAGCUGGGGGAGGGGGCAUGGGCCUUCUUGUUUGUCGAAAUAGCAGCGACCUCUCCGAGUGCUUUAUCAGUGCUCAAGAAAGGGCAACUUCACUGUUUCAUAACGGGGGAGUUUUUAUUGAACGAUACUACCCUGCAGCACGCCAUAUUGAAAUACAGGUGUUCGGUAACGGACUGGGCGAUGUGGUACACAUGGGGGAGAGGGAAUGCAGUGUUCAAAGGAGACAUCAAAAAGUUGUGGAAGAGACCCCGAGUCCAUUCGUUACAGGUCAUUCAGGUCUUCGUGAAGCCAUGUGCGAUGCAGCCGUCAAGCUGUGCAGGACCAUCAAAUAUUCAUCUGCAGGUUGGAUAGCCUACAAUUAUCGGUGGUCGUAUCUUACUUACUGCGAGCCAGGUACCGUAGAAUUUCUUGUGGACGAUGAGUCGGGGGUGUUUUUCUUCCUUGAAAUGAAUACACGUAUCCAGGUUGAGCAUGCCAUCACAGAGGCUAUACACCCUGGCCUGGACCUCGUAGAAAUGAUGUUAGCACAAGGAAUUGCACAGCGGUCUGAAGCGAGUGGUCUUGAUCACGCGAGUCCCAGCAUGACGCAGGCUAUCUAUGACAAGAACCUUGUUGAGUGUCGUAUCCACGCCAUCGAAGCCAGAGUCUACUGUGAAAACCCCUCAGAAGGCUUCAAACCCAGUCCAGGCAUCCUACAGUUCGUGGAAUUCCCACAAGAGAAUUGGCUUCGCAUUGACAGUUGGGUGUCAACGGGAACGGAAGUGACUCGGUUCUUCGACCCUUUGAUAUGCAAAUUAAUCGUGACCGGUUCAACGCGAGAACAAGCGGUUUCCAGGAUGGUUCAAGUAUUGAAAGCCUGCAAAGUCUUCGGCCCGCCGAACAACCUGGCCUACCUCGCUUCAAUAUGUGAUAGCACUAUUUUCAAAGAAGGGAAGGCCACAACACGGUUUUUGGAUAACUUUGAUUUCUCCCCAAGCGCAUUCACUGUCCUAUCAGCUGGUAUUGAAAUGACUAUCCAAGACUUACCCGGCAGGCGUAUCGGGCUAGGCAUCCCGCAAAGCGGCCCCAUGGACUCUCAGGCAUUCAGCGCGGCCAACAUACUUGCUGGCAAUACAGCGCAAACGGAGGCAUUGGAGAUCGUCACCCUCCCCGGCGCUGGAUGCAAGCUGAAAUUCCACAGUUUUGCUAUUGUAGCGAUAACCGGCAAGCCAGCAACUGUUAAGAUCAACGGAGAGCAGGUUUCAAUGUGGGCUCGCCUCACCGUCUCCGAAAAUGCGAUCCUCGACAUUGCGGGCCUGCCAGGUCCUGGGUUCAGAGUAUAUCUAGCAAUCAGAGGCGGCUUCCCUGAAGUGCCACAAUAUCUUGGAUCUAAGUCAACGUCGAUGGGCCUUGGAGGCUAUCAGGGAAGAUCACUUAGAGUCGGCGAUCAACUUGCUUUGAGUUCGCAAUCAUCAUCAGAGCAAGAUAAGACAGGUCCAGUAGCCUUUCUACUCCCCCAAAGCCUCAUCCCGGUUUAUCCUCAAGAUUGGGUUAUUCAAGUCUUGGCUGGACCACAUGAUGAUGCGGAAAUUUUGACCCCUGAAGGAAACGCCAAGUUUUACUUGGCGAAGUGGUCCGUUAGUUCAUCGAGUAACAGAAUGGGGAUACGGCUGGAGAGCAAUCAAAGCAUAGAUUGGGCCCGUAACACUGGUGGCGAGGGCGGAUCUCACCCGAGUAAUAUCCUAGAUAACGGAUAUGCGUUAGGGACGGUUAACGUGAACGGAGACACACCCGUUAUCUUAACGAACGAAGGACCAGACAUGGGUGGGUAUGUCUGCCUGUGUACUGUCGCGACUGGGGAAAGGUGGAAGCUGGGGCAAUUGAGUCCUGGUAGUACGGUGACCUUUCGCAAGAUUUCAUGGCAGGAUGCACAAGCUUGUAUGAAAGCUCCGCUCAGAUGGAUUGAGGCCGUGCAGACCGUUGUCGCUGGAUCUCCACCACAUAUUGGCUUCUUAGAUGGUCCUUUGGAAGGUAGGGAAUUAUCCGGAAUCCUGCACAGAAAUGAGUGGUUACCAGGAAGCCCGAGACCUGCCGUAACAUUCCGGCAGGCUGGCGACUCCGCUAUUCUGGUAGAAUAUGGAGAGAUGCAUCUAGAUUUCGUUCUUCGAGCGCGCGUACAUGCGCUAGAAUCGGAAGUGCGUAAGAGGAACAUAAAAGGCAUAUGGGCGUUUGCUCCAUGCAUUCGCUCCACGAUGUGCCAUUAUGAUCCUUCGAUGAUCUCCCAGGCUGACGUACUUGCCAUCCUAUUAAACACGGAGCGCUCAUUACCAGAUUCCGCAUCGGACCUCCAGUUCCCCGGGCGCAAGAUCACGUUCCCGAUCAAACCAGCGCGGUUUAUUUACCCAGCAACAUUGAUUACCUUGCGCGAAAUAAUGGUCUGGAGGGUGGUUGUCGAUGAGGCGCUUCAGAAACUAAUGGAUUCUGCUUGGCUCGUUUUUGGCGUCGGAUUUUAUCUAGCUUGUCCUUUCUUAGUCCCGAUUGACCCGCGAUGCCGUUUGGUCGGGCAGAAAAUGAAUCCUUCAAGAACAUACACUCCCGGUGGAGCGGUCGGCAUCGCUGGUCCCGUGGCGGCCAUUUAUCCCGUCGUCUCGCCUGGAGGAUACCAGCUGUUUGGGCGCACGCUUCCAGCUUGGCAAACCUGGGGAAAGGGGCCUGAUUUUGCCUCCGAUCGACCAUGGUUGCUUCAGCCAUUUGACCAGAUCCUCUUUGAACCCGUCAGCGAGGAACGCUAUCUCGAGAUUGAACAGGAAUUUAAUGCCGGACAGUAUAAAUUCAAGGCAAGUGACAUCGGCGGUACCUCUUACGGAAUCGAGCCAGCGGUCUUUUCCAUGGCGGCGUACAUCACAUUCACUGACGGCAUACAGCAAGAGAUUACGGAGUUUAAGCGAAAACAGGCGGAAGGAACAGCGAGAGAGGAAGCACACGAGACCGAACUGUUACGUGUAUGGCAGGCGCAGAAAGCGGCGAAAGCUCCGCCUACGGCAUUGGUGGAUGACACAGACGUUGGACCUGGUAGUACAAGCAUCACUUCUUCCAUAUCAGCAUCUAUUUGGAAGAUCAAAUGUCAGCCUGGAGACGUCAUACAAUCUGCCGAUAAUAUUCUGGUCAUCCUCGAAGCGAUGAAGACCGAGAUUAAUAUUCUUGCAGGAGAAGAGAAUGUUGGAAAGGUAGUGAAAAGCUUAGGUAAAGGGAUUAGGGAAGGAGCAAGUGUUCAAGUGGGGGACAUUCUCGCAUGGUUUGAAUAGUUACGUGUAGCCUGUGUAAGGUUGUAAUAUUGGAGUGGACACAAUAAAUAUUCGAUAUGGGGAAGGCAAACACAUUGCCCUACGUCAUACAUUCCCGAAUUUACUCCUACUCAAUAUCUAUUCGAGUAGUGUACUUUCCAGUCGCCUUCUUCCAAGCGUAUGGAACCGGCAUCAGUAUUAAUGUACCUCACAUUGGGAAAUGCCGGUAUUAUUGUCCCGUUCAAGCGGUCAGAGAUGAUGUCGAGGGUUGUUGUCCAUCCAUCAACUGUGAUGAAGUGAAAAUUGAGUUCCUCCAAGCUAGGAAGGGUACCAGGUCCAUCACAGAGAGCGGAUAUCAG